UUCCCGGGCAGCGCCCUAUGGCCCUGCAGUGUUCCCUAGCGGGUAGCAGAGUGUCUGUCCCCGGCAGGAGGUGGCGGCGGCAGUGCCUGGGUCUGUCCGGAGUCCGGCCCGCCCCCGGCCUGACCCGGAGGGGUGGGGAGCUGGGCGGGGCGGGCGAGGCUCUCGGGCACGUGUGUCCCCGCGGUGGCGCGAGCACUUGGGAGCCAGGUCGGGGCACAGCGUGAGGACCAGAGCCCUGCGAGAUCAGGGCUGGCACAGAGGAGGCAGCCCAGGGGAAGGCUCAUCCUAGCUGACUUCCUGUGACCCAGAGCCCCAGCUGUCUCCACCUCCCUGUCUCUGGAGCCCACAGCAUUGCCUGCCCUGAGAAAUGCUGGAAGCUGGGCGAGGCCCCAGGCUGGAGGACCUGUUUUUCCUGUUUCCCACAGAGCUCCCUGCAGCUCGGUCCAGGCCUGUGCAUUCAUGAGUGAGGAACCUGAGCUGGAGCUGAGCAUCCUGACAGCGAGAGCAGGGGCUGGUCAGGGCCAUGGCCACAGGCCUGGACACCUGGAAUGGCACUACCAAUGGCACCUGGGAUGGGGAUGAGCUGGACUACAAGUGCCGCUUCAACGAGAGCUUCAAGUACGUGCUGCUGCCCGUGUCCUAUGGUGUGGUGUGCGUGCUCGGGCUGUGUCUCAACGCCGCGGCGCUCUACAUCUUCCUGUGCCGCCUCAAGACCUGGAACGCCUCCACCACGUACAUGUUCCACCUGGCCGUGUCGGAUGCGCUGUACGCCGCCUCCCUGCCCCUGCUGGUCUACUACUACGCCCAGGGCGACAACUGGCCCUUCAGCACCGUGCUCUGCAAGCUGGUGCGCUUCCUCUUUUACACCAACCUUUACUGCAGUAUCCUGUUCCUCACGUGCAUCAGUGUGCACCGGUGCCUGGGCGUCCUGCGGCCGCUGCACUCGCUGCGCUGGGGCCGGGCCCGCUACGCCCGCCGGGUGGCGUUCGCCGUGUGGGUGCUGGUGCUGUCCUGCCAGGCCCCUGUGCUAUACUUCGUCACCACCAGCACCCGUGGCAGCCGCAUCACCUGCCAUGACACCUCGGCACCCGAGCUCUUCGGCCACUUCGUGGCCUACAGCUCCGUCAUGCUGAGCCUGCUCUUCGCGGUGCCCUUCGCCGUCAUCCUGGUCUGUUACGUACUCAUGGCUCGGCGGCUGCUAAAGCCGGCCUACGGGACCACCGGCGGCCUGCCGCGGGCCAAGCGCAAGUCGGUGCGCACCAUCGCCAUUGUGCUGACUGUCUUCGUCCUCUGCUUCCUGCCUUUCCACGUCACCCGCACCCUCUACUACUCCUUCCGCUCGCUGGACCUCAGCUGCCACACCCUCGACGCCAUCAACUUGGCUUACAAGGUCACCCGGCCGCUGGCCAGCGCCAACAGUUGCCUUGACCCUGUGCUUUACUUCCUGGCUGGGCAGAGGCUCGUGCGCUUUGCCCGGGAUGCCAAGCCACCCACAGACCCCACCCCUCCCACCCAGGCUCGCCACCGGCUGGGCCUGCACAGGUCCUACGGAACUGACGCUGUCAGGACAGAAGACUCGGCCAGCCGUGAGAACUCCAGGGGGACAGAGUCCUCGCUGGCUGGUAGUGGCGCUGACACUAAGGACAUCUGGCUGUAGGCGCUGCACCCCUGUUCAAGUUUACAUGAGAUGGGGCUGUAGACUUGUUCAAAGGGGACAGUCUCCCCAGAUAUGGACCAUCAGCGACUCAGGCAGGAUGGUCAAGGGAGCUGUGACCCCAGCGCUCUGUCAUUUGAGUGGGACUAGGUCUGUUCUCUGUGGUCCAGAGAGCGUGGCAGUCCCCACGCCCUUAGUCACCGUUUGUAUGUGCAGGGUGGGGAGUAAGAUCUUAAGAAAAGAGUUUAGGGACAAUGCCAGCCCUGGCCUGACUCCCACAUAAAUACCUGGCUGUGCCUGCCAGGGUCCCCAGGCUGGGCUCCAGCCCAAUCAAGUCAAAUAGAGAAAUGGGCCCAGAGAGGAAAGCGACUUCCCGAGGUCACACAGCCAAGCCUGGGCCUGAGCUGCCUGGGAGGGGCGGGGUCGCAAGUUGACCAGGGGACCCUGGUAAGGGGUAAGGGCUGAGCCAGAGGUUCCCACAAUGAGUCGGAGUGGUCUGAGUGCCAUGGUGGGCUUGGCUCUGAGGAGUACCCUCAGUCCAAGGGAUGCAUGUCUGGAAACUGAUGUCAUAAACCCAUCAUAAACUGUUUAUGAUGACAUAAACUGAUGUCAUCUGGAGGCUGGGACUGAUACUAAAGGUGUUGCUACUGCUGAGCCAGGCCUCGUUGUAUCGUUGGAGGAUGGGGUUACAGCCUGGGAAGCUCUCCCCAUGCACACUGGUGUCCUUUCUCCAACCUGCUCUCUUCUGCUGCCUGGCUUCCCACCAGCUGCCUCAGUGGUGGUCUCAUAUGAGGAAUAGCCUCUCCAUACACCCAAGACAUCCUCCACUCUAAAGUUAACUGACUUCUCUGCCUGAUUUUGCUGGCUGCAGAGGGUCCCCGUCCUUAGGGUCCCCCCAGUGUAGGAUUUAAUGGCAAUAACCAUUAAGUGUUGAUAAAUGUUAAACCAUUUAGCUGACUGUCCGGAGAUGGUGGGGGGAAUCCCUGAUUUGUAAACACUGCCAAUAGCUGUGGUACAAAUAAUCCUACCAGGGCCAGGUUCAGACUGCCAGUGGGAUGUCAGCCUCCUUGCAAAAUGCCUGAAAAUUUAGCAUUUGGCUCUUGUGAGCAGGUACAAGUUUCUCUAGCACACCACUGGAUAACAUGAAUGGUUGGGGCUGUGGACUGUGCAUCGGGGAAAGCCUCUUGGAGUGGCAGGACUUCCAAGAAGAACACUUCAUCAGAGAAGAACAUGAAAGUGCAGGUGCCAGCUAGCUCUAGCCUUUGGGCAGGAAUAGGGCAAAACUGACCUCACUUUUAACUUCGAGAAUAAGGAUUCUCUCUCUCUCCCUUUGGGAAAGCCCUUCCCUGAUGGGCCCACUCUGCCUGCUUUCCCCACUCCACCUCCACCUACCUCCAAUGACUUCUCCACCCUUCCCACUCUGCCUUGUCAAAACGGCACCCUCAGGGUUGCCCUAUUUAGAGUCUAGCUCCAGGGCUCCCCCGUGUGACAGGGAUCUGUCAUGAGCCAUGACCCAGACCAUUACUCUGCAUUGUGUAAUGUGGGUGACUUGCCCAAAGUAGUGUGGAAUGCUCACCUCCCGCAUUCUAGGUUCUAUCCUUCUGUUAAUAUAGCCAGGAUCCCUAUGA